CGGGCCCGGGCCCCAGCAUGGCCGAGCCGCUGCUUAGGAAAACCUUCUCCCGCCUGCGGGGCCGGGAGAAACUGCCCCGGAAAAAGUCGGACGCGAAGGAGCGCGGUCGCCCAACCCAACCCUUAGAGCCCAUCAUUCCCGAGCCGGAGCCUCAGGCCCCCGAAGGCGCAGAGGGCCCCCCCAGCCCCGAGGCCUCUCGGAGCCCCGCACGGGGGGCCUACUUGCAGAGCCUGGAGUCCAGCAGCCGCCGCUGGGUGCUGGGCGGGGCAAAGCCACAGGAGGAAGCCACGCUGGGGCUCGGGGUGCCCGGCAGCGGGGAGCCGGCCGGGGAGAUCUGGUAUAACCCCAUACCCGAGGAAGACCUCCGGCAGCCGGCGCCCGCGGGGACGCAGCCAGGCUCGGAGGAGCUGGACGGCGAGCACCCGCCGCCGCCCCCGGCCAAGGCCUCUCGCACCAAGUCCCCAGGCCCAGCGCGGCGCCUGUCCCUGAAGAUGAAAAAACUGCCGGAGCUGCGGCGCCGCCUGAGCCUGCGGGGCCCCCGGGGCGGCCGUGAGCGUGACAGGGCUGCUCCGGCGGGCUCGGUCAUCAGUCGCUACCACCUGGACAGCAGCGUGGGGGCCCCCGGGCGCGCAGCAGGGGCCGGGGGCGCGCGGGGGCCCCGGGCCGGCUAUCUGAGCGACGGCGACUCACCCGAGCGCGCGGCAGGGCCCCCGUCACCCAACGCCUUCCGGCCCUACGAAGCGGGCCCCACCGCCCGCGCGCCCCCGCCCGCGCUAUGGGGCCGCCUGAGCCUGCAUCUGUACGGGCUCGGGGGGCUGCGGCUGGCUCCCGGGGCGCCGCCGCGGGACCUCUGCUGCCUGCUGCAGGUGGACGGAGUGGCCCGGGCGCGCACCGGGCCGCUGCGCGGUGGCCCAGAUUUCCUGCGGCUGGAUCAUACCUUCCACCUGGAGCUCGAGGCCGCCCGGCUUCUGCGGGCCCUGGUGCUGGCCUGGGACCCUGGAGUGCGGCGGCACCGGCCCUGUGCCCAGGGGACUGUGCUGCUACCCAUGGUCUUCCGAGGGUGUCAGGCCCAGCAGCUGGCUGUUCGCCUGGAGCCCCAAGGGCUACUGUAUGCGAAGCUGACCCUGUCAGAGCAGCAGGAAGCCCCAGGCACAGCUGAGCCCCGCGUCUUUGGGCUGCCCCUGCCCCUGUUGGUGGAGCGGGAGCGGCCCCCUGGCCAGGUGCCCCUCAUCAUCCAGAAGUGUGUGGGGCAGAUUGAGCGCCGUGGACUGCGGGUCGUGGGGCUGUACCGUUUAUGCGGCUCGGCUGCAGUGAAAAAAGAGCUACGGGAUGCCUUUGAGCGGGACAGUGCAGCUGUCUGCCUCUCCGAGGACCUGUAUCCCGAUAUCAAUGUCAUCACUGGCAUCCUCAAGGAUUAUCUUCGGGAGUUGCCCACCCCGCUCAUCACCCAGCCCCUCUAUCAGGUGGUGCUGGAGGCCAUGGCCCAGGGGCCCCCAGACCGGGCUCCCCCCAGUCCUGAGGGCACCAGAGGGCUCCUAAGCUGCCUGCCAGAUGUGGAGAGGGCCACGCUGACACUCCUCCUGGAUCACCUGCGCCUAGUCUCCUCCUUCCACGUCCACAACCGCAUGACACCGCAGAACCUGGCCGUGUGCUUCGGACCCGUGCUGCUGCCGGCGCGCCAGGCGCCCUCCCGGCCACGCGUCCGCGGCUCCGGCCCUGGCCUUGCCAGCGCAGUGGACUUCAAGCGCCACAUCGAGGUGCUGCAUUACCUGCUGCAGUCCUGGCCAGAUCCCCAGCGGCCCCCAGAGGCUCUGGACCAAGCUCCGUGCCUGCGGCCCAAGCGACAGCCACCACUGCACUUGCCGCUGGCGGCCCCGGAAGUGGUGACCAGGCCCCGCGGCCGGGGAGGCCCCGAGAGCCCCCCGAGCAAUCGCUACGCUGGCGACUGGAGCGUCUGCGGACGAGACUUCUUACCCUGUGGGCGGGACUUUUUGUCGGGCCCAGACUACGACCACGUGACAGGCAGCGACAGUGAGGACGACGACGAAGAGGAAGCGGGCGAGGCGCAGGGCGCUGCCGACUUCGAAGACGACUUCGAGGCGCCUUUCAACCCGCACCUGAAUCUUAAAGACUUCGACGCCCUCAUCCUUGACCUGGAGAGAGAGCUCUCCAAGCAAAUCAACGUGUGCCUCUGAACCAGGCGGGGCGGGACCCCGGUUGCUAAGGGCCAGCCUCCCGGUUGCUAAGGCGGAGCCCUAAUCACCAAGGACCACAUUUGUUGUCAAGGCCCAACUCCUGGUUGUUAGGGAGUUGCCAGGGGACCAGCCAAUCCCUUGCUGAGAAUCCAACCCCAUUUCUGGUACCCAGUUGCUGAUACUUGGCCCAUUGCAAAGGCCGGGUACUGGGGUUUUAGGGACCAGCUUUCCUGAGUACCAAGGGCUUCUCUUUUUGCCAAAAAGGCAGCUCUACAGCUUACUAGGGCUGCCUCUCUUGCCUUUCCUUGUCCGGGGAAAUACCAGUUACUGUGAGCAUCAACCUGGAAGGGUGAAACACCCCCAGUCUACACCAGCCAAGCCUCUUGCUGCUGCCAACCAAGUCAGUAUUAGCUUUGAAGGCCACACUCUGCUUCUCCUGCCCCUGGAAGACCUAAGGACCAUUAUUGGGUACUGUUUUGGGAGGCCAGCCCCUAUCCUGGGCUCCAGCUUAUAGGGUGUCCCUAGGUGGCAAUAUUUGUUAACAUGUUCGGCUGCUAACUGAAGGUUGGUGGUUUGAGUCCACCCAGAGGUGCGUGGGAAGAAAGGCCUGGCUAUCUUCCAAAGAAUCAGCCACUGAAAGCCCUGUGGAGCACAGUUCUACUCUGACACACAUGGGGUCAUCACAAGAUGGAGUCAGCUUGACAACUGGUUUUUCUGAGGCUUACAGAAAAACAGCUGGUCUCCCCAGCCCCUUUUCCAGGGAAGACCCCGACAUUGCCUCAGACCAGCAAAUGGAGAUAGCAGGGUCUGGCCCUUCCCCUCCCCAACUCCCCUUCCCCAUCUCCCAAAAAACUCUGAGCACUUAACCCCUCCCUUCUGGAGGGGCCCUGCCUGAACCCUCAGGCUGGGGCACUUUGGUACGGAAACUAUUUAUUGCCUCCAUGCAUGUGUGUGUCUGUGUGUGAGGAUGCCUGUGAGUGGAUGUGUGUGGAGUGGGUGUGUGGGGCUCUUUGAGGGACCACAGAGGGGGAAGGUUCCAGUGGGAGAGUAGGGCCCCCUCCUGUCUCCACCUCCUUCCCUCACCUCCAUCUUUGUAGACAAUAAAUCAAUAUGCACAGGCUCA